AUGGGGUAUCAUCAAAAAGAAGGUAUUGACUUUAAGGAAACUUUUGCUCUGGUUGCUAAAAUGACCACGGUUCAUUCUCUUCUCGGUGUAGCAGCUGUCAAGAACUGGGAAGUACACCAAAUGGACGUCCACAACGCCUUCUUACAUGGUGAUCUUGAUGAGGAAGUGUACAUGAAACUGCCUCCGGGAAAUGAUCUUCAUGCAAUCAACGAAUUUAAGCUUCAGCUCAACAAGUGUUUUCAUAUGAAAGAUUUGGGCAAGCUUAAGUAUUUUCUAGGUAUUGAGGUCUCUAGGGGACCAGAUGGUUUUUGCUUAUCACAACGCAAGUAUGCUCUUGACAUCAUCACUAAAGCUGGUCUCUUAGGUGCCAAACCAUCGCCAGUUCCUAUCGAGCAGAACCACAAGCUUGCUUCUGUCAAGGGUCCUACGUUUGAUAAUCUGGCGCGGUAUCGACGCUUACUAGGACGGUUCAUCUACUUAACCAUCACCCAACCAGAUUUGAGUUACAUCCUGCAUAUUCUUUCUCAUUUUAUGAAAGCCCCACUCGUGGCUCAUUGGGAAGCUGCUUUGCGCCUUGUUCGUUACCUCAAAGGUUCUCCUGCCCAAGGUAUCUUCCUCUGUUCAUAUAGUGCACUACAUAUCAGUGUGUAUUGCGACUCUAACUACAAUGGCUGUCCUCUAACACGGCGGUCUCUCUCCGCCUAUAUUGUUUACUUGGGUGAUUCACCAAUUUCAUGGAAGACGAAGAAGCAAAAGACGGUUUCCUCUUCCUCUGCUGAAGCAGAGUACCCUGCUAUGGCCUAUACUCUCAAGAAAGUCAAAUGGCUCAAAUCUCUUAUGCGUACCUUGGGAGUUGAUCAUCCACACCCUAUCAACCUUCAUUGUGACAGUGAGGCUGCCAUAUAUAUAGCUGCUAAUCCUGUUUUCCAUGAACGCACCAAACACAUUGAGUCUGAUUGUCAUCAGGUUUAG